UGUCUGCGGGUGGCAGUUCCGGUGUGGGCCGCUGGGAGUCGCCGAGCCGAGCCGAGUCGAGUCGAGCCGGGGGCUCCGGGUCUCCGGGCCGGGGCCAUGUUCCGCACCGCGGUGAUGAUGGCGGCCAGCCUGGCGCUGACCGGGGCCGUGGUGGCCCACGCCUAUUACCUCAAGCACCAGUUCUACCCGACCGUGGUGUACCUCACCAAGUCCAGCCCCAGCAUGGCCGUCCUCUACAUCCAGGCCUUCGUCCUCGUCUUCCUCCUGGGCAAGGUGAUGGGCAAGGUGUUCUUCGGGCAGCUGCGGGCCGCCGAGAUGGAGCACCUGCUGGAGCGCUCCUGGUACGCCGUCACCGAGACCUGCCUGGCCUUCACCGUCUUCCGGGACGACUUCAGCCCCCGCUUCGUCGCCCUCUUCACCCUCCUCCUCUUCCUCAAGUGCUUCCACUGGCUGGCCGAGGACCGGGUGGACUUUAUGGAGCGUAGCCCCAACAUCUCCUGGCUCUUCCACUGCCGCAUACUCUCUCUCAUGGUCCUGCUGGCGGGGCUGGACUUCCUGUUCGUCAGUCACGCGUACCACAGCAUCCUGACCCGCGGGGCCUCCGUGCAGCUCGUCUUCGGCUUCGAGUACGCCAUCCUGAUGACCAUGGUCCUCACCGUCUUCAUCAAGUACGUGCUGCACUCCGUCGACCUCCAGAGCGAGAACCCGUGGGACAACAAGGCCGUGUACAUGCUGUACACGGAGCUCUUCACAGGCUUCAUCAAGGUCCUGCUGUACAUGGCCUUCAUGACCAUCAUGAUCAAGGUGCACACGUUCCCCCUGUUUGCCAUCCGGCCCAUGUACCUGGCCAUGAGGCAGUUCAAGAAAGCGGUCACGGACGCCGUCAUGUCCCGCCGGGCCAUCCGCAACAUGAACACCCUGUACCCGGAUGCCACCGCGGAGGAGCUCCAGGCCACGGACAACGUGUGUAUCAUCUGCCGGGAGGAGAUGGUGUCCGGAGCCAAGCGGCUGCCCUGCAAUCACAUCUUCCACACCAGCUGCCUGCGCUCCUGGUUCCAGCGCCAGCAGACGUGCCCCACAUGCCGCAUGGACGUCCUGCGGGCAUCGCUCCCAGCCCCGUCGCAGCCGCCCCCCGAGCCCCCGGAGCCGGGGCCCCAGGCUCCCCCGCAGCCCCCGCUGCUGCCGCAGCCCCCCAACUUCCCCCAAGGCCUCCUGCCUCCCUUCCCUCCGGGCAUGUUCCCGCUGUGGCCUCCCAUGGGCCCCUUCCCCCCGGUGCCGCCCCCCAGCAACGCCGCCGCCGCCGCCAGCCCCUCCGCCACGGGUGAGCCAGACCCCGGGGGGGUGUCGGGGGGGCCCGGGCCGCCGACCGGCGCCAGGGGGGACUUGGGGGGCCCGGGGUUCCCCGUGGUGACGGCGCGUGCCCGCCCUCCCUCCGCAGCCAGCGCGCCCCGAGCCGGGGGCCCCGCCGGCCCCGAGCAGCCCCCCGCGCCCGGCUUCCCCUUCCCGCCGCCCUGGCUGAGCGUCCCGCUGCCCCCGCCCUUCGGGUUCCCCCCGAUGCCCGUGCCCCCUGCGGGCUUCGCGGGGCUGACGGCCGAGGAGCUGCGGGCCCUGGAGGGCCACGAACGCCAGCACCUGGAGGCCCGGCUGCAGAGCCUGCGCAACAUCCACACCUUGCUGGACGCCGCCAUGCUGCAGAUCAACCAGUACCUCACGGUGCUCGCCUCCCUCGGCCCCCCGCGGCCCCCGGCACCGCCCAGCCCCACGGAAGCCACCGUCGCCUCCACCUCCUCCAGCGGGCCCAGCUCCGAGGCGGCCACCCCGUCCUCCGCCCCCUCGCCCCCGCCGUCCGAGCCGGCGCCGCCGGCCCCGCACCCCGCGUCGGGUGCGGAGCCGGGCGCGGAGGAGGCGGCGGAAGACGGAGAGCCGGACGCGGAGGAGCUCCGCCGCCGUCGGCUGCAGAAGCUGGGGUCUCCCGUCCCCCACUGACCGUGCCCAGCCCCGGCCGGGGGGCCGUCUCCCUCCGCCCCCGGCUCUGGGCGGGAACGGGAGCCCCCUCUACCUCCCGCCCCCACGGCAGCCCGCUCGCUCCCUCAGUGCUCCCCGUGGCCGCCUCCCGGGAGGCCGGAGUCGCCCUCCCGGGCGUCCACGCGCCCGCCGCGGCCUAGGGAAGGGCGGAGGACACGGGGCCCCGGGGCGGCCCGGCCCGCCCGGGUCUCACAGGUGAGCACACGCAUCUCAGGGAAACGAGUGCCUGGGCCGGCGAGCGAGGGGGGACCCCCCCGUUGGCCCCCCGGGGUCACCCUAGGACCCGCCCCGGCCCCCGGGUCCGGAAGCCGCGUGUGCGGACGCGGCUCGCGGAAGCGGCCGAGGCCCCCGGACCCCACAGGGCCGCCGCUUCUCGGUCCCCUCCGACGUUCCUUGUCUCGAUUUUGGAGGACGGGGUGAUUUUGCCGGUGACUCUGACAAAAAGAAGGGUUUGCUUUCGGCCCCCACGCCACUACCUUACUGACCGCCCGCCCCCGGGCAGAAGGAACCGCACAGUUGGUUUUUCCAGGUGAGCGGCAGUUAUGCAGUUGCAGGGCUGGGGGUCGGCCCCCCCCACCUCCUCCUUACUCCCCUUCCCCUCCCUCGGUUGUGCAUUACAGAGUUUAGGGACAGUUUCGGAUUAUUUAAUUUGUAAAUACUGUACAAAUUUUAAUAGCUUGAAUUGUAUAUACAGCCUCAAUUAAAAAGUUGCAUUAAAGGUGGUGGCGGAUUUAUG